AUUUUUCAAAUCUUACACGGAAUUAAAAGAUAUAAGAUACUAGAUCCAUACUCGGAUCCGUAAGAAUAUCUGUUUUGAAUCGUGAACUUGAUGUGUGAAUAUUAAGAUCUUUGUUAAACUUAAAAUGGUUAAAUUAACAGAUGGAUCACAUGGAGGUGACAAACCGUCUAAACCAACAGAGGUCAAGACUUCAUCUGUUGAUGUUGAAAAGAUUUCUGCUCGAGCUACAAUGGCCAAAUCUCGAGAAUAUCCUAAUUUUCCUAGCUCACAGACGGGUGGUGUGAUGCCUAUGAGCAUUCGAAGUAGAUUUGAACAUGAACGACAGAGACUAACGGACGAUUUUACUGAUAAAUGGAGAAAAUGGAGAGCUCAAUGGAUUAAAGAUCAAACCCUUCACCCUUCUGAACCGAGACAUGUUGAAGCUUUGGAACGUGAAUUAUAUAAUCCCAUCCGAAGAGCUUAUCGAGCUCCAUGGAAUUGGUUUGAAAGGCAAUUGACUAAUUACGUUAGUCAUCAUCGUGCCAAUGUUAUAAGACGUUCUAUCACUUAUUUAAUUGGAAUCUAUGGCGUUACUUUUUGGUUGUACUAUAUAGCCAAAUAUAAACAAAGAACCUGGGAAGAUGGAAGUAGAUCAUCAUGGCCAAUGUUUAUAUUUCGUAGAGAAACGGCUUUACCUGGUGAUCCUGCUUAUCCAUCAGUGGGUUAUAAAUUCAAGAAGCAAGAGUUUGCUGAUUUAGGAUUCUCUGAGAGAAAAGCCUUACGAUAUAAAGACCCUAAUGAAAAUAACUAGAACUUGUAAUAUUUUUGGUUCGUUUGUUCAAAGAAUGGGCCAAAACAAUUUGAAAAGCACUGAAAAACCUUUGGAGCAAUCUAUUAAUAUUAGUCAAUUAAACAACAGUCUUACAAUGACACUUUA